AAGCUAGGUCUUUACGUUGAUGUGGACCGUCAACUCAGUUUAAUUUGUUCCGAUCAUCACCAUAAGUAAGUGCUAGUUACGAUACUCAGGGCAAGCAAUGUCAUCUUUCUUUCAUGGAGUGCUAGCCCAUCCAGACGGUUCAGAGACUAUGGAAGCAAUCUGACUGCAUACGGACAAAAUACGUAUAAGAAAGUUCAGUCUCUGCAGCUGAAUUCAUGAAAAAUUACCAAAGAAAAACAUCCGAUAUAGUCUUUCUGAGCAUUGACUUCAAAUGCUACCUAUGGCAAGCAAGUUAAUGAAACGCAUAACACGUUGAACACUUCAAUAGGCUAACUGGGCAAAACAGCUCCAAAUAAUGACUGAAUUUACAAUUCCUUUCGCUUCAUUGUGACUGCACAAAAAUAAGCUCCCCUUUAACAAUUGAGGGGAAAAUCGACAGCCUUGUCCCUUUCCCAUUCAACAAAAGAUGUCAACUGUAAGAAAUUUAGUAGCCAAAUCGAAUAAUGGUACAGGAGCAUUUGUUUUGCAAUGUCGCAAGAUGGUGUUCAACUACUGCGAACACUGGGGAAGCAAUAAAGGGAUGAUUGAAUUUAUAAAGAAGGACCUUGCUCAAUUUGCUAAAGAGAACCCACAAAUCGAAAUUGCCGUUCAACCAAGGCCCAACCAUCAUCCUGUCAUCCGAGGCUACUAUUUGAAUGGGCGGGAUAAAGUCAUUUGUACCCGUAACUUGAAGCCUGCAGAAAUCAGAGAGAAGGCGUACCUAUUGAGAGAUUCCAGCGGCAAAAAGAUGACAAAUUUGACCAAGAAGCCUGUUAUUUCGACAACUGAAAGUGUCCGUGGUAUAUGGUCACCAUUCCAUUCCCAUCCUCACACUAUUUGAGGCACGGAAUAUCGCAUGCAAAAGAGCAGAGUAAAAAUACACCUUGUACAUAUAUAUUUAUAGCAACAUAUAGAUCUUCAGAAUAUAAAAGGGCAAUUAACGUUUUUACUUGGACGUUAUUACGCUUGGACAAAGAAAAAGCCCAUUCGUAACAUUAAAGUAAAAUGAAAGUAAUUCUAUCAGACCGUCAAAAAUCAUUGUGGCAUUUGAUAGCUUUAUUCUACCUGAUACG